UGGACACCAAAAAUGAAUCCAACGUCCAAUGUAUUAUUAGCACCAAGAACAAACCCAACGUCCAAUAUAUUAAUAAGCACCAAGAAUGAAUCCAACGUCCAAUAUAUUAGUGAGCAACAAGAAUCCAACGUCCAAUGUAUUA